ACUCUUCUGUCUUCUCUCUUUCUUUCAGUGUCUGCUUUCUCUGUCGCUUGCAUUUGUUCACUUUCUCUCUCUUUAGCUCUUUCAAUGGACUUAUCUCCAACGUCUUUGGACUCAAGUUGGUGGGUUUUUACUCUCCCGGCUGUGUUACAAACCCAAAAUCUCUUGAACCCUUUCUUCCUCUUCUUUGUCGCCAUAUCAUUUUUGGUCAUUUCUCUUUCAACUUGGUUUGUCUCGACAGGCGGUCUUGCCUGGAAAAAUGGAAGAAACCAAAUGGGAUGUGUCCCGAUUCCCGGUCCUCGAGGUCUGCCCUUCGUUGGCAGUUUGUUCAGUUUAAGCCAUGGCUUAGCUCACCGUACACUUUUUUGCAUGGCUUCAACACUAUCCGCUAAACAACUUAUGGCUUUCAGUUUAGGCUAUACUCCUGCUAUUGUCACUUGUGAUCCCCAAAUUGCUCGUGAAAUCUUGACCUCUCCCCACUUUGCUGAUCGUCCUAUCAAGCAGUCUGCUGUUAGCCUAAUGUUUAGCCGAGCCAUUGGGUUCGCGCCGAACGGAGCUUAUUGGAGAUUGCUUAGAAGGAUUUCAUCAACUCAUCUUUUUGCACCUAAGCGUAUAGCAGCGCAUGAGCCUUCCCGCCAGUUGGAUUGUGAUGUUAUGUUACGUAAUAUUUAUCAUGAACGGUCCUUCAAUAAUGGAGUUGUUUGUCUGCGUAAACAUCUCCAAAAUGCUUCUCUUAAUAACAUUAUGGGAACAGUUUUUGGUAAAAGAUACGAGUUUGAGGAAUAUAAUGAAGAGGCUAAAGAAUUGAAAGAACUUGUCAGGGAAGGAUUGGAGCUCUUAGGUGCUUUUAAUUGGUCUGAUUAUCUUCCAUGGCUUGACUACUUCUAUGAUCCUUUUUGCAUCAAAGAACGUUGCUUAGCUCUUGUUCCUCGAGUCAAGAAACUUGUGAAGCAGAUUAUUGAUGAACAUAAUCAGAGUAAAAAUCCUAAAAGUGUCUUUGAUAACUCUGAUUUCGUCGAUGUUUUGCUUUCUUUGGAUGGUGAUGAGAAACUUCAAGAACAUGAUAUGGUGGCUGUUCUUUGGGAGAUGAUCUUUCGAGGAACUGAUACAGCUGCACUUCUAACUGAAUGGGUAAUGGCAGAAUUGGUUUUGAACCCUGAAAUCCAAGCCAAGCUUAGAAAGGAGAUUGAUCUUGUCAUAGGAGACAGGAGUGCUAGUAGCAUCCAAGAUGUUGACAUGAUUAAAUUAACAUAUCUUCAGGCAGUAAUCAAAGAAACACUACGUGUGCACCCACCCGGCCCCCUCCUCUCAUGGGCCAGGCUGUCCACGUCAGACGUCGAACUCAGCAAUGGCAUGGUCAUACCUAAGAAAACAACAGCAAUGGUCAACAUGUGGGCCAUAACCCAUGACCCAAAAGUUUGGGAAGAUGCGUUAGUGUUCAAGCCAGAAAGGUUCUUGGAGAGUGAUGUUGAUGUGAGAGGUGGUGAUCUUAGGCUUGCACCAUUUGGAGCAGGAAGGAGGGUUUGUCCAGGCAAGAAUUUAGGGCUGGUCAUGGUUAGCCUCUGGGUGGCUAAGUUGGUGCAACAUUUUGAAUGGGUUCAAGACAUGGCUAACCCUGUUGACCUCAGUGAGGUGUUGAAACUGUCGUGUGAAAUGAAGCAUCCUCUCUGUGCUGUUACUGUUCCAAGAAAUAACGAAUAAUGUUUUUUAAGCUUUUCUAGCUUAGGGCUAGGGUUUUGUGUGUCUUGGGAGAAUAAACUUGAUGGGAGUCAAGAUGAAUUAAUAUAUUAAUUAUACUAUAUGUAUAUGUAUAUGGGGAAAAUAGAAUGUCUGUGGGAUGGUGGUAUGGUGAGAGUGGAUUUUCUA